GGGGUGGUUGGUGUAGGGACCCAGCGGAAGUGCGCAGGGUGCGUGAGCGCGCGCGCGCGCAGACUCCUCCUUGUCUCCGGUGUCAAACUUGACAUCAGCGCUCGCGCCGAGAAUGGUAACGGGCUCGGCGGCGGCGGCGGCGUCGGAACAGCUCACUCGAGUCGUUGGCAUGUUUCAUGGAGUUAUGUACCUUUCUUUGCCUGCUCAACUGUCGUCAUGGGUUGCACGCGCUUCCUAACCCUCCUGCUCCUGCUCUUCAUGCUCGUGUCCUGCGCCGAAUCCAUCGUUUAUCCGUCCAACGAAGUUAACCUGUUGGAUUCCAAAGCAAGCCAAGGGGAGCUGGGAUGGAUAUCAUAUCCACCACAUGGGUGGGAAGAGAUCAGCGGUGUGGAUGAGCACUACACACCAAUUCGGACCUUCCAGGUGUGCAAUGUGAUGGAGUACAGCCAGAACAACUGGCUGAGAACCAACUGGAUCCCUCGUAGUUCUGCUCAGAAGAUCUAUGUGGAACUCAAGUUCACCCUGAGAGACUGCAACAGCAUCCCAUUGGUGCUGGGAACCUGCAAAGAAACUUUCAACUUGCACUACCUCGAGACAGACGAGGACCAGGGCAGUAAGUUUCGUGAACACCAGUUCUCGAAAAUAGACACCAUUGCUGCCGAUGAGAGCUUCACUCAGAUGGACCUGGGUGAUCGCAUUCUUAAACUCAAUACAGAAGUGCGAGAAGUAGGCCCAGUCACAAAGAAGGGUUUUUACCUGGCUUUCCAGGAUGUGGGGGCUUGCGUGGCCCUUGUGUCAGUAAGGGUGUACUUUAAGAAAUGCCCUUUCACAGUACGGAACCUGGCCAUGUUUCCUGACACAGUGCCCAUGGACACUCAAUCAUUAGUGGAGGUGAGAGGCUCCUGCGUUAACAACUCAAAGGAAGAGGACCCUCCCAAAAUGUACUGUAGCACUGAAGGAGAAUGGCUGGUACCCAUUGGAAAAUGUUUGUGUAACAUUGGUUAUGAGGACCGGGGAGUCACCUGCCAAGCUUGCCGGCCUGGCUUCUAUAAAGCUUCAUCUGGAAAUAUGAAGUGUUCUAAGUGUCCCCCACACAGCUACACCCACAAGGAAGGGGCUGUGCAUUGCAACUGUGACAAGAACUACUUCCGUGCAGAUGGAGACCCUGUGUCAAUGGCCUGCACCCGUCCUCCCUCUGCUCCUCGGAACGUUAUCUCAGUCAUCAAUGAGACGUCAGUGAUCUUGGACUGGAGUUGGCCAGAAGACACAGGUGGCCGAAAGGACUUGAUGUUUAAAGUAGUGUGUAAGCGUUGUUUGGCAGGGUCUAAACAAUGCGAGCCAUGCAGAGGGGCCGUGCGUUUCCUGCCUCAUGCUUCUGGCCUUGUGAACACCACAGUAACUGUGGCUGACUUGCUGGCACACACUAACUAUACAUUUGAGAUUGAGGCAGAAAAUGGAGUUUCCUCUCUGGCCACUGCAAUGCGCCAGUAUGCCAGUGUCACGAUAACUACUAACCAAGCAGCUCCAUCCCAGGUUAUAAUCAUCAGGAAAGACAGAACAUCCCGAAACAGCAUCUCACUAUCAUGGAUGGAGCCAGAACGACCCAAUGGUAUUAUCUUGGACUACGAGGUCAAGUACUAUGAGAAGCAAGAACAAGAGACCAGCUACACCAUCCUGAGAUGCAAGGGCACAAAUGUGACUCUGAAUGGACUAAAACCUGAUACCAGAUACCUGCUGCAGAUUAGAGCCCGUACUGCUGCGGGUUAUGGCAGCAGCAGCCGCAAAUUUGACUUUGAGACCAGCCCAGACUCUUUCUCAAUCUCCAGUGAGAACAGUCAGGUCAUGCUUAUUGCAAUUGCAUCUGCCGCGGCCAUCAUCCUCCUUACCGUGUUGUUUUACAUUGUGAUUAGCAGGUGCUGUAGAUACAGCAAAUCCAAACAUCCAGACAAAAAGAGACUUCACUUUGGUAACGGUCACUUGCGACUUCCUGGGAUUAGGACCUAUGUAGACCCCCACACUUAUGAGGACCCAAGUCAGGCGGUGCACGAAUUCGCCAAGGAGUUGGACGCUUCUUGCAUUGCCAUCGACAAAGUAGUGGGUGCAGGUGAAUUUGGGGAGGUGUGUAGUGGUCGACUGAAAUUGCCUUCUAAAAAAGAGAUCUGUGUGGCCAUCAAGACCCUGAAAGCAGGAUAUACUGAGACACAGAGGAGAGAUUUCCUGAGUGAGGCUAGCAUCAUGGGGCAGUUUGAUCACCCCAACAUUAUCAGACUGGAAGGAGUGGUUACACGCAGUAAGCCAGUAAUGAUUGUGACAGAAUACAUGGAAAAUGGUUCCUUGGACAGCUUCCUUCGAAAACAUGACGCUCAGUUCACAGUGAUUCAGCUUGUAGGAAUGCUGCGUGGUAUUGCAUCAGGUAUGAAAUACCUCUCAGACAUGGGAUAUGUUCACAGAGACCUCGCUGCCCGCAACAUCUUGGUCAAUAGCAACCUGGUAUGCAAAGUGUCUGACUUUGGCUUGUCCAGAGUGCUUGAAGAUGAUCCAGAGGCAGCCUACACAACAAGAGGUGGCAAGAUCCCAAUCAGGUGGACCGCACCAGAAGCUAUUGCUUAUCGCAAGUUCACUUCAGCCAGCGAUGUGUGGAGCUAUGGAAUUGUAUUGUGGGAAGUUCUGUCCUAUGGAGAGAGGCCUUACUGGGAGAUGUCCAAUCAGGAUGUGAUCAAGGCAGUGGACGAAGGUUACCGUCUUCCACCACCAAUGGACUGUCCUGCACCCUUAUACCAGUUAAUGCUCGACUGCUGGCAGAAAGAUAGAAACAACCGGCCCAAGUUUGAACAGAUUGUCAGCAUCCUGGACAAGCUUAUACGUAAUCCAGGCAGUCUGAAGAUCACGGCCAGCACCACCCCUAGGUCAGUCAAUCAGCUCCGUACCAGCACAGAUAUCACCUCAUUCAGCACUGUGGGCCACUGGCUGGAGAGUGCAAGGACUCUACCCUGUAAAGAGGCCUUCAGUGGAGUCAGCUACAGCUCUUGUGAUACACUACCCAAGACCUCUGCAGAAAUCUGUCUGGCUGAGGUCAGGCCUACAGCCACUUGUCCUGAGUGGGAGCCAUCCAUGGGAAUUACGACUCUUUAGGCCUUACACUGUGGACGGGACUUCAAGAAGGUCGGUGUAACGUUUCUUGGACCUCAGAAGAAGAUUGUGAGCAGUAUCAAAGUACUUGAAACACACUCAAAAAAUGGCCCAGUUCCUGUCUAAAAAAGUGAAUGAAAAAAUAUUAAAUAAUAGAUAAAAGGAUAAACAAAAGAGAGAGAAAUUCGGGAGAAUGAUGCUGCUUUAGAGUUUAAAGGACAGAAAUGUUGAAUAUGAGAAGAAUCAUAAACAAUAAUGUUUGCAUGUCAGGGCACAGUUAAGCGGUGCACCUGGAGAAUGGCUGUUGUUCCUGCAUCCAGUCACAUUGGUGAGGCAGGAAGUGUGCCUUGUGGACUGUUAUUGUAUUGCCUUAUGCAAUAAAGAAGAAUAAAAUAAAGGUGGGAACUUCUCUGCUAAAACUAAGCUUUGGGGCAGGACUCUAGGCUCCCAUAAGCUCCCCACAGAUCAGCAGAGCACUGUAUGAAGAGUGAGAUGGAGCAAUCAGGAACUUGGUGUCUCCACUGUGCAGAUACAACUACCAGCUCUUAACACAUGACAGGAGGGUUAUAAAAUGCAAAAACUGUAUAAUGCAGCCACCCUUUUGGAGAAAAUGAACUCAAGUCUAAGGACUGUUCCAUCCACAUGCCUCACUGGUUUUCUGUCUUGUUGGAUGGGGAGUGUCUUAGCUAGCUGAGGAGAAAAACGCCUGCCAGUACGCAAGAGAUGCCUUUAUAUUUCAAGAUUUCACUAGCGAUCUGGAGAGCUGGGGAAUGGAUUCCAGUAAACUACAGUGCAAUUGUCUAUCAAAGCAGGAAUGUCCAAAAAAAAGACAAAUUAUUAUUUCAGUCAUUUCCUUAUUUCUCAGUAGAUGUGUUACAUUGAGCAGCAUAUAUGUUUAACCAUUACAGACUUAGAAAAGAGGGAUCAACAAUAAAAGACUAUGUAUGUACUCCUUCAUUGUGUUCUUUAUGCCACUUCAAGUAGACACUUGCUUUUGGUGGUGAGGAAACCUGUAUCUGGACAAUUACUUUAAACAAAAGUGAUUAUGUAAAUUUGUAAAGUUCUUAGGGGAAAAAUCUAUGCGAUUCCUAGAUGUAUAUCCCUAAUCCGGCUUCCUGCUGGGCAACAUUUAGAGAAAUGUUUUGAAAUGUGGUUAAAAAAGUGUUAGUAACAUCUGCAUCUGUCCAGUAUGAUCACAAAGUAAGAAGGUCAAAGAACAUAGUGGAGUAGGGCAUUGAAAGUGUUGGAUACAGCAAAAAUGAAGGAUCUCAUUGAAGAGAAAAAUGUAUCAUUUCCUGUUGUGAAAUUUCAUAAAUCUUCAAACGGCACUAACAUAUUUGAGGGAAGGAACUUUAGGGACAAUGUGAAGUAAUAUGUCCAUCUUGCAAAAGCUCAGGAUGCACAGCCCUCAUUCGAUUUUAGGAUGGGAAAAGACCGAAAAUAAGUAAAUAUCAUGAACAGACUACUUCAAACUAAUGUUCUGUUCCAUUUGAUCAUAAAUUAGUUUGUGAUUACAAACAAAAAUAGAAAUGAUCUGAAAGGGGAAAAUAAAUGCAUAAUCCUUAAAAAUGUUUCAUAAGUGUGUUUUGACAUUGUUUAUUCAGAUCAUGAAUUAAAUACAUAGACUGUGGUUUUUCUCUAAAAUGAUGGAAACAUUUAGCUUUUCUUUUUUCCCUUUAAUCUGCCUGUAAAUGUUGCUGCUCCCACAGCUCUCAGCAUGUACAUAUGUAAACACACCCUGUAAUAACAGCAAUGGUGAACGCACCCAGCCAUCCUUUUGUACAAAUGUUUGUAUGUAUAAAAGAAUGAAAGAAAAUCUGUUUAAACUUUUAAAAAAAAGCAAAAUUUCAUUUGUAUUAUAUUUUCUGCUCUUUUGUAUCAUAUUUGUGUUUUUUUUAUUUUACAAACAAAAAUCAACAGCAAUGACCUAUUUAUUUGAUAACAAACAGUAUACCAUGCUAAUUUGACUGUUUUUUUGUUUGUUUGUUUUGUUUUGCAGCAUACAGUAAGUUAUGACAUUGUUAUUUGAUUACAUUAUCAGUGUUGUGCAUUUUCUUUUUUGAAACAUGACUAAAGAGAGCAAUACUGUUUUUCCACACUGUCCUCCUCUACUCUUCCUUUAGAAUGUUCUUUGUGUGUGUGAGGAUGUAAGUGUGCAUAUGUAGAUGGCCUUGUCUACUAAUGUAAAAUGAUUUGUAGUGGAAACAUUUAUAUUUUUAUAAUAAACUGUGUCAAAAUAUUUUCUAAAGAAUGAAUGAAGACAGGAUUGUGUCAUAAUGAUUUUACUUGACCAGUCUUAUGCUCCAGUGAUUGUAGUGGUGAUGCAUUGGGACAGUCAUCCUAAUAAACCUUUUAGUCAGAAUCAGUUGCAUCAUGGUCAAAUGCAUCAUAUAAGAAGCAACUAUGUAGCCAUGUUAAACCUUAAGGCAAGGUAGAUCUAGUCUUAUUCUGUGUUUCAUUUUCUUGUAUAAGUACUGUAAGGUUUGAUUUCAAAGCAACAGGAGUUACAUUACAAUUCAAGCAGAAAGUUCCUGCAGGUUCUAGCAUAUGUUCCAUCUACAGAAUCAGAAAUUUUACAGCAGGAAGCCAGCUAUAGUACUCUGUGUAAAAAGCCAUAUGUUUUGCCAGAAACUCAUAAGAAUUCCUAAGUUUGAAUUUUCUUUUUCACAGCUUAUGUUUCAGUUUUCACCAGUUAGCUCAUUACACUAGGAUGCAUUUAGUGAGUUAUAAAAUGUAAUUGCUCAGUUAUAAGAUUGAUUCAUGAUACGUUCUGUGAGAUUGGUCUGAAAUUCUCACCCACAAAAGGAAAUAAAAAUAAAAUUACACAUCC